CGCCUUCGGGGCCGGCUGGAGCUUGUGCUGCGCGGCAGGGCCCGGCGGCUGGGCCGGGGGUGCCGGGCGGGCUUCUCGGCAGCCGCCGCCCGGAGGCGUCCGGCCCGGGGCCUUGCCGGGUGCCGCGAUGGCGAAGGUCUCCGCGUCCACGCGCGCCCCGAGCAACCCCGUGGCGAAGCCAGGGCUUGUCACGAAGCUCGCUCGGAGGAAAAAUAAGAAAAAAAAGUUCUGGAAAAGCAACGCGCGAGGAGCAAGCGCGAAUCCGGGAAGCGCCGCCGGUGUUGCGGUGCGACCUCCACAGGCGCCGGAAGAGUUUUCUCGAAACUGGAAGGCGCUGCGAGAGCUGCUGAAACAAAAAUCACAGGCCCCAGAAAAGCCUCUUGAUACCUCUCAGAUGGGUUCCAAAAAGCAGCCCGAGAUUAUCCAGCGAAACAGAAAAGAGAUCUCAGAUAAAGCAAGGAGAGAUGAGAUGUCGACAGAAAAAGACCAAGAGGCCACCGGGGGCCCGAUUCCUGCAGGAUUCAAGGUGGGCAGGAAGGUGCCAGUACCUCCCAUGAAGGCCAGUGGAACAGAGCACAGUGAGAAGGGAACCAGGAAAAGGACAAAUGGUGACAUUUCUCAAAAACGAGGGGAUAUCAAGCAUAAGAAGCGGAAAGCUGAGGAGAAGGCAGCCUCGGCCCCGGCCCCACCCACCGAGGACGACAUCUGGUUUGACGAUGUGGACCCGGUGGAUAUCGAAGCUGCCCUAGGCCCAGAGGCAGCCAAGCUAGCAAGGAAGCAGCUGGGUCAGAGUGACAGCGGCAUCACCCUCGUGAAGGAGCAGGGCUUCGGCGGCCUGACGAAGGCCUUAGCCAUGGACUGUGAGAUGGUGGGCGUGGGCCCCCAGGGACAGGAGAGCGUCGCCGCCCGCGUGUCCCUCGUGAACCAGUACGGCAGAUGCGUCUACGACAAGUAUGUCAAGCCGACCGAGCCCGUGACGGACUAUAGGACCGCGGUCAGCGGGAUCCUGCCCGAGCACCUCACGCAGGGAGAAGAAUUUGGCGUUGUUCAGAAGGAAGUGGCGGAAAUGCUGAAGGGCAGAGUUCUGGUGGGACAUGCUCUGCAUAAUGACCUAAAGGUGCUGUUUCUUGAUCAUCCGAAAAAGAAGAUUCGGGACACACAGAAAUACAAACCUUUUAAGAGUCGAGUGCAGAGCGGAAGGCCGUCUCUGAAACUGCUUUCAGAGAAAAUCCUGGGGAUCAGGGUCCAGCAGGCAGAGCAUUGUUCAGUUCAGGACGCGCAGGCAGCCAUGAGACUCUACGUCAUGGUGAAGAAGGAGUGGGAGAGUAUGGCCGGGGACAGGCGCCCCCUAGCAGCUGCUCCAGACAGCCACACCGACGACGCCUAACAGACCCUGCCCUACUGCCAGCGCCACCCCUCCCACUGUCCUGUGGUGGCUCCUGAUCCCGAGGCAAUGUGACCAAAGCGCGAGGACACAGCAGGGCCCCCCCAGAUCAGCCGCCCUGCUGGAGCACGGCACACACGGUACUGCGCACUUCCUCCUGCUCCCCUGGGUCCGACAUGACCUGACCGCUGCGUGUGUGCUGGGCCAGGACGGCGGGGAUGUAGCAGGGGAGGAAGUUGGCGGGUUGGCGACACCACCGUCUGCUGAGCACCAGAGCAAGAGUGGGACGUUCGUUGUGGGCCUGCCCGUCUGCUGUUGCCCAUCCAAUGGGCUUCGGUGGGAUGCACCCCGGGUCCGAGGGCGGAACGCACCCUGGGUGCUCAGCGGCUUCCUCUGAGGAGGCUCUUUUUCCUCUGUUGCCUGGGAGAUGUGAUGAGCUCUGCUGGACUGGAGGGACCCAGGCCAGGUCUGCAGUUAGCUACUGAGACGCGGCCAGCUGGUACAGCAGUUGCGUCACUGGGGGGCUUCCUGUGGCCGUUUGGACUUUGAGAGGCUUUCUGGGGGUGGGUGUUCCUUUCUCACUCCCGUGUAUCUACAUUGGCCCAGGGUUGGCUGGUGGGUGAGCGCCCCACAGGAGCCCCUCCCCACGGCGUGACAACACGCAGAGCCUCAGUGCCCUGGAGGUUGGUGGAGCUGCUGACCUUGGCCUUGUUGCACUCGAAAAGCCGCCUGAGCGCUCGUGGGCCAGUUGCACUGACACGUGAAUAAAGCCUAGCGCUUUCUUGAGUUGCCCAACAGCGGCACAGGAGCAGU